AUGGUCAAGUACCCGCUUGCACCAACUGCGCAAAGUCUGGGCAGGUCUGCUUGGACGUGGACAGUCAGAACUCUGAUGUUGUCAUUCCCCGCAAACCUACGUUCUGGCCCCCAGGUUGAUCCUUCUUCCGACCCCACGGCCUCCUCUCAGGAUGAUAGAGUCCCCGAGGAAGCGGACAUCACAAUAUCAUCAAUUCCACCAGCAGAAGCAGUUUCACGCAAGCGGUCAGCAGAGACAUCAGGACAGUCUGAUCAAGACGAGUCCUUUCCGGAACGCGCUCAUUCUGUCGCCGUCAACCUGGGCAUGCUUUCUCUCAACAUCGAUUCACCACAAAAGCACUACCUUGGCUCAAGCUCAGGACUUCUCUUCACAAAUCUCAUUGGAGCAUCCCCACCGAGUGUAGAGUCCACGCCUCAGGGCCCUCAAGGGGACAAGUAUGCCGGGGAGCUCGAAUGGAGUGAUGAUGCUGUUGCUCAAGACCAGAACAGGAAGUACCAUCAAGAACUAUACAAUCUUCUGAAACAAGAGUUACCGUCAAAGCAUAAUGCACUCGUGUUGAUGCACACAUAUAUCCGUUGGAUUCAUCCUGACUUUCCCUUCCUGGAGCCCCUCUCUCUAUUCAGUGCCGUCGAAGCCAUAUAUUCCUCCCUUGAUGGCAUUCUGGAAUGUGAAAUUUCUUCCCAUGGAUGGCCCGCUAACAUGCCGCCGUUCCGGUGGAACGGUAGAGUAGUAGCCCCGGGAACUUCCAAUGAAGAAGGCGUCACCUUGUCAGCCGUCGCCUUUAUUCUCUUCAUGGUCUUCAAUAUCGGCGCUCUGGUCAAAGUGCGAUCACGAAACUACGACUUUCCACCGCAACGCUUUUACCGCGCUGCCCUCCAUUUCUCAAAAGAAGCUUUCGCUCAUAUUACUUUGUCCUCUAUCCAAUGUUUGAUGAUGUUAGUUAUGCAUGGUAUGCUUACGCCAGCAGAGGUCAACUUGUGGACAUUAGUGCAUCUUGGGUUGGCCUAUUGCGUCGAGACUGGUAUACAUCGGGAACAAAACCAGCCAAAUCCAGACGACUUUGCUAUGCUACAAAUCAGACGAUUCACUUUCUUUACGAUCUACUCCCUGGAUAGGUCCAUCUCAUCAAUACAGGGAAGGCCACUUGGCUUUCGGGACGAAACGUUCGAUGUAAAGAUCCCAGAAGUGUUAUCAAAUCCAGACGAGGGUAUGCAGGGACCACUUCCACCGUCAUUCGUAACAGCAGUAACCCAUUAUUCGUCAUAUCACUUCAAAAUGGACCGUAUCGUGUCCGACAUAAAGCUUCACCUGUAUCACCUGCCUGGCGAUUCUAGCUUUUUCCCAUGGCCAGACAAUCCCACAGAACAACAGGCAAGAAUUCAGCAGACUUUGCAAAAUUGGUGGCAUGAGGUCUCCAGCGACGGAUUUGAGUAUCCCAGUCUUGAUGGCCGGCAACGGGAGGUCUGGAAAAUAAAACUCGGACUGAAUUACCACACGACGAUGGUGUUACUCUUCCAACCAUCCCAAGUCAUUCGGCAACCAGCUUCAGAGGCGCUGCAGGCUUGCUUCGACAGCGCAGCUGGUAUUUUAGACGGGUAUCAACGACUUCACGAUCUUCAUGGCCUUCAUUUCGGAUGGCGGGCCGUGCAGAACAUAUUUGCAGCUGGUGCGACACUGAUCUACUCGUUCUGGACAUCUCAGGCUGUUCGAGAGAAGGCAUCACCAGAGACAAUGUCAAAGAGUUUGCGAAGCUGCUCUAGUCUGCUGACAAUUGGAGGCGAGUGGUGGCCAUCCGCAAGAAAUGGCCAAGCCAGCUUUGGGUCAGUCGCUGAUUUGACCAUGAAGAGGCUCUAUAUGGCAGAUGCGUCCAACAAAGCUCCGCGUCUAUCCCUACAACACGCGGCCUCUAGUAGACCAAGACAUGGGGCCGGUAUCGAUCCCCCCGGAACUCACCACCAGCCUCAAUUAUCAGACGACACUGGUCAAUCGGUAGUGAUUGACAGUGACACAAAUGCAGCGUGGCAAAAUCUAGACUUGGAUGUCGGAGGUAAUCCCGACCAAUUGGACUGGACAGCAAUUGAGGGCGGAUUCGAUCCAGAAAUUGAGAUGUUCCUGGAGGACUUCAACAGAUCCGAUUUCACUUGGAGCUUUCCAUUAAACGACAACCAAGAUCUGGACCUCUUCGGACCCGAUCUUAACCCUGGAUUCUGA